AAUACUUGAGGAGCGAGACCGCCUUUCUGGAAGAGUUGGUGUUUGGAAGUGGAGAUACCAUUGAACUUUCCUGUAACACCCAAGGCUCUUCUGUGUCUGUUUUCUGGUUUAAAGAUGGUAUCGGGAUUGCACCUACCAACAGAACUCAUAUUGGACAAAAACUGUUGAAGAUAAUCAAUGUGUCAUAUGAUGACUCGGGGCUGUACAGUUGCAAGCCAAGGCAUUCCAACGAGGUCCUGGGAAACUUUACAGUCAGAGUUACAGAUUCCCCUUCAUCGGGUGAUGAUGAAGAUGACGACGAUGAGUCAGAAGAUACAGGUGUCCCCUUCUGGACCCGGCCAGAUAAGAUGGAGAAGAAGCUGCUGGCAGUUCCCGCUGCCAACACCGUUCGCUUCCGAUGUCCGGCGGGUGGAAACCCAACUCCUUCCAUCUACUGGCUGAAAAACGGCAAGGAGUUCAAGGGAGAGCAUAGGAUUGGGGGCAUCAAGUUGCGACACCAGCAGUGGAGCUUGGUGAUGGAGAGUGUUGUGCCGUCAGACCGAGGAAAUUACACCUGUGUUGUGGAGAACAAAUACGGCAAUAUUAGGCACACGUAUCAGCUUGAUGUAUUAGAAAGGUCGCCCCACCGACCAAUCCUACAAGCGGGGCUCCCUGCCAACCAGACUGUGGUGGUAGGGAGCAAUGUGGAGUUUCACUGCAAGGUCUACAGCGAUGCCCAGCCUCACAUCCAGUGGCUGAAACACGUGGAAGUCAACGGCAGCAAAUACGGACCUGAUGGGACACCCUAUGUCACAGUGCUGAAGACGGCAGGUGUUAACACAACGGAUAAGGAGCUAGAGAUUCUGUACUUGCGAAAUGUUACUUUUGAGGAUGCUGGGGAAUAUACUUGUCUCGCAGGGAAUUCUAUUGGGUUCUCACAUCACUCUGCUUGGCUGACGGUGCUACCAGCAGAGGAGCUCAUGGAAAUGGAUGAUUCGGGCUCAGUGUACGCUGGCAUUCUCAGUUACGGCACUGGCUUUGUUCUCUUCAUCCUCGUGCUGGUCAUUGUGAUUAUCUGCAGGAUGAAAAUGCCAAACAAAAAAGCCAUGAACACCCCCACUGUACAGAAAGUCUCCAAAUUUCCGCUCAAGAGACAGGUGUCGUUGGAGUCCAACUCUUCCAUGAAUUCCAACACGCCCCUGGUCCGGAUCACGCGUCUCUCCUCCAGCGACGGGCCGAUGCUGGCCAACGUCUCUGAGCUGGAACUGCCUCCUGAUCCCAAGUGGGAAUUGGCACGCUCUCGCCUGACCCUGGGGAAGCCACUCGGCGAGGGGUGUUUUGGCCAAGUGGUGAUGGCAGAAGCGAUUGGGAUUGAUAAGGACAAGCCAAACAAGGCCAUCACAGUGGCUGUCAAGAUGUUAAAAGACGAUGCCACAGACAAGGACCUUUCCGACCUGGUCUCUGAGAUGGAAAUGAUGAAAAUGAUUGGGAAGCACAAAAACAUUAUUAACCUCCUUGGUGCCUGCACGCAGGAUGGACCGCUCUACGUGUUGGUGGAAUACGCGUCAAAGGGGAACUUGCGGGAAUACCUCAGGGCACGUCGCCCACCUGGCAUGGACUAUUCCUUUGACACCUGCAAGCUGCCAGAGGAGCAGUUGACAUUUAAAGACCUGGUUUCCUGCGCCUACCAGGUGGCCCGUGGCAUGGAGUACUUGGCAUCUCAGAAAUGCAUUCAUCGUGACUUGGCAGCCAGGAACGUGUUAGUCACUGAAGACAAUGUGAUGAAAAUAGCUGAUUUUGGCCUUGCUAGAGACGUUCACAACAUCGACUAUUACAAGAAGACCACCAAUGGUCGGCUGCCUGUGAAAUGGAUGGCUCCAGAAGCCUUGUUUGACCGGGUCUAUACUCACCAGAGCGAUGUCUGGUCUUUUGGAGUGCUACUAUGGGAGAUCUUCACUUUGGGAGGGUCUCCAUACCCGGGAAUUCCCGUUGAGGAACUCUUCAAACUCUUGAAGGAAGGCCAUCGGAUGGACAAACCUGCAAACUGCACCCAUGAUUUGUACAUGAUCAUGCGGGAGUGCUGGCACGCCGUCCCAUCGCAGCGGCCCACCUUCAAGCAGCUGGUGGAAGACCUGGACAGGGUCCUCACCGUGACGUCCACCGAUGAGUACCUGGACCUCUCGGUGCCCUUCGAGCAGUACUCGCCGGCCGGCCAGGACACCCACAGCACCUGCUCCUCGGGGGACGACUCGGUCUUUGCACAUGACCUGCUGCCCGACGAGCCCUGUCUGCCCAAGCACCCCCCCUGCAACGGUGUCAUCCGGACGUGAGGGCACCCC